GAGGUCAUCCCGGGGCUGGAGAUCAACCAGCAGGAGGAGCCCGGCUUCGAGGUCAUCACCCGGAUUGACCUGGGGACGCGUCCUCAGGUGACGAGGAGGGAGCCGCUGUCCGUGGAGGACUGGAGCCGACACCAGGACCCCGAGGGGAGGAUGGUCAACGUCCCCCUACUCAAACACAGCAUCUUCAAAGGGGGACUGUGUCACGCGGUGAGGAAGGAGGCAUGGAAGUUCCUGUUGGGGUACGUCCCGUGGGACAGCACGCUGGAAGACAGGAAAGUCCUGCAGAGAGCCAAAACGGACGAGUAUUUCAGGAUGAAGCUUCAGUGGAAGUCAGUGAGCGCGGAGCAGGAGAGGAGGAACUCCCGUCUCCGAGAGUACCGGAGCCUCAUAGAGAAGGACGUGAACCGCACAGACAGAACCAACAGGUUCUAUGAGGGCAUGGAUAACCCCGGGCUUGUUCUCCUCCACGACAUCCUGAUGACCUACUGCAUGUUCGACUUCGACCUCGGUUAUGUUCAGGGGAUGAGCGACCUGCUGUCUCCGAUCCUCUACGUGAUGGAGAACGAGGUUGAUGCGUUCUGGUGUUUCGUCUCCUUUAUGGAUCAGAUGGUGAGUUCACUUUAUUAUCAGAGAACCACAGACAGAGAACUACAAACAGAACCACAAACAGGACCACAGACAGAGAACCACAGACAAAGAACCACAAACAAGACCACAAACAGAGAACCACAGACAGAGAACCACAAACAGGACCACCGACAGAGAACCACAAACAGGACCACAGACAGAGAACCACAGACA